AUGGCUUCGAAGAGUGAAGUUCGGCACAAAGUUACGCGAGAAAACUGGUUCGAAAAUCACCCAAAAUUCAAGGAAAUACAGUCAUACGGAUACUACAAUGGAAAGCCUUCGAUGGCAAGAGCAGCUAUGACAGUUUACUUGGAUUUAUGUGAAAGCAAACAUUGGUUUAGUGUGUCAAUCCAUCCCUGCGAGUCUUUGAAGUUGGUUUACAUCACAGGAAAGCGAAUAAAGAAGUCCCCAUUUGAUAUUGUAGUUCCAGUUACGAUAGACACAGCUUUAACAACGGACGAAAUUCAGAACAUUAUCCAGGAAGUUAAUCUAUGCGAAGAAAAAGAAGUGGAGGAAGACACGGGAGAUGAUCGUGACCCAAAAGUGACAAUGGCUUUUUGUGAAGCAGAUUCUACUGUUGUGUAUUACGACUUUUUCCAGGGUCUUGUUCCACCGGAUCCACCGAAUGAGGAGGAAGAAGAAGUGAAAGCCAAACGAAAGAGAACAAGACAGAAAAGGGAAGCAAGUCAAAAAUAAAAUGUGUUAGAGACAACUCGGAAAAGUGCAUCUGUAUUCACUGUGUAUUUCUACAACUAGGAGUACAACAGCCUCUCAUCCUUUUUCCUGGGUUUGUAAAACUCAACCAAGAGCGAUAAGAGGUGGCUCUAUUUGUACCCGGGCAUUUUCUAACUGGAUAAGACAACUCCCUCUAAUCUACUUCAUUUUGCUUUCAUUUCUCCUUCGGAGGACAGUUUACACACAAUAUGUCAUUUCAUAUGCAUGCUAUUAAAAGUUCCUUUAAACAUUGGUUCCUUAGGGCUCCUCCUGUAGAGUAGGUCAUGGCAAAGCCACGAGAACACAUGAAUGAGGAAAGCAAUGAGGCAGUGAGCAGGUAAGAGCUUGUAAUAUUACUGGCUCGUUUCAUUGACUGACUUGUGCUCACAACUUCUCUGCUGGCAUGUUAGACGCCAAUCAUGCUCACAAGCUAUUGGCUUCUUUAUUUCAUUCAUUCAAAAAAGGAGCUCAGCUUUUUAUCUUUUCUUGUAUCCACCAACUUUACUUUUAACCUAACUGGGCUCUUCUCAGUAGGCAUAUUCAUGUUUCUCAGUAUUGUGCUGGAACUACAUGUAGCUUGCAACUGAGUCAGGGAGUCAGGGAGUCUUUUCUUUUUACUGAUAUUCCCCAACAUGAGCCCCCAUUGCAAGCUUGUUCCAGUCCAAUAUUGAGAAUAUGAAUAAUUAUGGCCUGUUCUAAUACCAUUUGUACAGCAAAAUGUU